GAUCGCCGAUCCUGACUGCCGUUCGCUGUCAGAGCACUGACAGCUCAGACAGAUCGGAACUCUACGGCAGACCACUCCGGUGACUUUUUGACAGACUAACCAGCGGCACAACAGUUUCCCCUGGUCGGCUGUUUAAGUUUUAGACCUCAUGGCUGACACCGAGGACAUCUUUCUGAGAGCCAAAGACCGGACUUUCAGUGGACUGACAGAAGAUGCUGAAUGUCACUGGAAGGGACCUUUUUGCCUUAUUCAGGCUGCAGACCCCCAACUUGGGCUGAUGAAGGCCUGGAGGGAGGGCGACUGCAGCAGAGGAGGCGAUGAAUGGGACGAGGAGGUUCAACUAACCAGGCAGGCCGUGGAGGCUGUUAAUAAACUCACUCCCAGACCCAGGUUUAUGGUGCUGUGUGGAGACUUGGUCGACGCCAUGCCAGGCACGCCCUUUAGGGAAAGUCAAGUAAGGGACCUGAAGGCUGUCCUGAAGGCCACAGAUCCCUCCAUCCCUCUGGUGUUUGUCAGUGGAAACCAUGACCUGGGCAACACUCCCACCCUCAGUUCAGUGGACCAGUACUGCACAGCCUGGGGAGACGACUACUUCAGCUUCUGGGUAGGCGGUGUCUUCUGUCUGGUCCUGAACUCCCAGUUGUUCUAUGAUGCGUCAGCCUGUCCUCAGCUCAAGGAGGCUCAGGAGACGUGGCUGGAGGAGCAGCUGAGCAGAGCCACAUCCUCUGUGGGACCCAAACCCAAACAUGUCCUGGUUUUCCAGCACAUCCCGCUGUACCUGAAAAACCCUGACGAGGAGGACGACUAUUUCAACCUACAGAGAAGUGUCAGACUAAAUCUGCUGGACAGGUUCAAAAGAGCUGGGGUAAAGGCCGUCUUCUCAGGCCACUACCACAGAAACGCUGGUGGUUUCCAUGAUGGUCUAGACAUGGUGGUGAGCUCAGCCAUUGGCUGCCAGCUGGGCGAUGACACCCAUGGCGUCAGGGUGGUGGUGGUGACCGCCGACAGCAUCGUUCAUCGCUACCACAGCCUGGAGCAGCUCAGAACACAAGGAAUAGACCCAGACCUCAGGAAGCUGCUGCAGGAGUGAGGCCUGGUGACUGAAGCAGAAGUGAAAGGUUUUGUUUCUCUUUGAAAUGGAUUUACAGGUACAGUGGCGUGAGUUAGUCUUGAGCCAACUGUGUUUUAACCGUGAACAAGCCUAAAAUAUAUUUGAUAUGCAGCCAUAGUCUUCAGGUUAAGUUCUAGUCUUUAAAGAAGUACCAAGCUGAUAUUGGACCAGAUUGUUACCAUGGGUACCAGGCCCUUAGGGAAACAUGUGUAGCCUGUGUACCAGUGUAAUUUAACUAAGGGUAACAAUUUCUUUUUUUUAAAUAAUUAUAUUAUGUUGUAUUUUUUUAGUCAGAUUGACAAGCUGAAGAAACUAAUCAAUAGAAGAAAAUCUAACAAAAUCAAAUGAAGCAUAAAUGAUGGUGUUUUUCAAUGCUACUACACCAUAUGAUGAUAUAUGGUGAUGUAAAAUUUAUAUUUAAUCAGUCAAGAUAAAACCUACCAGGAUGUGUUCACUGACAAAAAUCCCAAAGAAAUGAUCUAAGGAUUAUCAUCUGGUCUUCCACCAAGGACCCCUGGUUAGUCCAACUAUGCAAGUGAAUGAAACCAACACAUUCUCUGUUGUUAUCUAGGUGUUCAUUAUUUUUUAAAUGUGUUCACUCAUUACAGAGAUGUAGCGUCAACUUCUUACCUCUGAGCGCUUCCGUCACUGAUUAUUCUUCUGAAUGGUACUGUAAAAAAAAGAGUAUUCUAAGUUGUAUCAAACAUGAAAAGUUGAAUGAAUAACAUGUGAUCUAAAUCUUUGAAUCUUUAGCCUAUCCAUCCUGGUGAAAUAGAAACCUCAAAUGUGAAGGUUUCAAUUAAAAUACAGCUUGGUAGCUCUUGUGAUUGCAACACUUUUCUCUGUCUGUUUUCCAAAAAAAAAAAGAUUUGUUGUCUGGGGUCACAGUAGGUUUCACAUGUUGUUGAUGUUAAUUUCACACCAGCUUUGGAGACUUAGGGAGAAGGUGAACACCAUAAAUGGUACCAAUAAGUAUUAGAGUAAUCUGAAUUAUACAGAUUAUAAUAUCAUCUGUCUUUUUUAUUUUCUCUGUUGGGCACAGCCCUAAAGCUUCUUGUUUCCUUGCCAAUAGAUUGGCUGUGGAACAUUGCUCUUUUAUUUUUGUGAUUUGUUUGAGAAGGAUUAGUUUAAAUGAAUAAUUAUUUUUGUUAUGAAAAUACUAUAACAUGGUGCUGUGCUUUAAUUCAAAAUCCGAGGUGCGACAUGUCACCAUGAAACCAGCUCUAACCACGUUUUCCCAGCCAGUUUUUGACCGACGACACAGCAGAACGGUGUUGCAGCCUCCUGACUGCAGAUUUAUGUGGGAACACGAUGUGGUGAAGUUGGAUUUUAAAGGGACAUUUCCGCUUGAAAAAUGACUUUCUUCUCAUGCCCUAAGUGACUCUACUCCAUUACACUUUCCUCACGUCCUCACUCUGACCAACUGAAAAUGUAAGAGUUGUCAUGGCAACCUUUCAGCAACAUGUAUGUGUGUCUCAGAGAGAGACAGCAAGCGUUAGUGAAAAGUGUCCAUACUGUGAGUGCGUCCAUGUGUGAUCUGGUAGCCAUCGGAGGUGAUUUUCCCUCAGCAACGCAAUCACUGACCUCAUUUCACACUCAUGGAUUUUUCCAAAAGUAAACGUGCGAUGGCCAGAGGAGGGAGGAUGAAACGGGGGAAGAGUUUGUGGCUGAGGAGAAUUAAUAAUGAGUGUGACGUAUGAAAGACGUCUCGGUCCAUCACCUUCAUUUCCUGUCUGAGAGGGAACCUUGUUCCCUUUAUCUGUUCUUAUAUCCUCCUGUUGACCGACCUCAUCGUGUUUGUGUUUGCAACACGUGUGUUGAUUCACCAUUGAAGCAUCACAAGAUUUGACUGGUGCUGUCGAGAAGUCAUGAGUCAUCGUACUGAACACAGAGAUUUUCACAUGAUUGGUUGUAUUUUUGUCAUAAAUGAUGAUUUCUGCAUAUGUUUUCCUGUCAUAUUGGGUCAGUGUCGUCUCUAUUCACAGGUUUCCUUUUUUAUUCUAGACUGAGAUCAGAGAGAGCACUGGUGGCUUAGUGGUUAAUUUUAAGGACGUGGAUUUGGGUCCAGAAGGUUUCAGGUUCAAGUCCACCAGCUGCCAAGUCACCACUGAGGUGCUCUGAUCAUGUCACCGUCCCCACUCUCUGCUCCCCCACUGUUCACUUUGGUGAUGGGUUAAAGCAGAGGUCACAUCUGGUUGAGUGCAGUGGUGAGCUGUGAACACUGACAAGGAGUUGACUUU